CAGUUUGCCGAUGUCACAACCUAUGCAAAAUUGGGUCCGGAGACGGCUGAGUGCCAAUCCAGGCGGUCGCAACCACAUGGACAUGUGAAACUGCAAAUUUCCUGGUCAUGCUAUGAAAACCGUCUCCCCAAGAGUAGCACCACUACGUUGUCGCUGACACGACUAGAGCUGGCUCUAGUUCACUCGCGCGAUUUCCCCUCUUCUCGUGGUACCACGUUAAAGGUUAAUGCUAUCUGUAUUAUUAGGCCGCGGCUGCCUCUGCUGCUGCCAAGAGAAAAACAACGCUGGAGCCUUUACCCCCGUCAAAGUGGUGAGGCUAGGACAGAUAAAGUCAGGAUUAGCAGACUCAACGGAGCGGCCAAGGAGGCCGAUUAA